AAUGUACUCUGUGAAACAUACCUAGCCUAUUUAAAUUAUUUAAAGGUUAUUAAUAUUAUUCAAAUAACUUAAAAUUUAAUUAAGAGUAGUAUAAAUAAUCUUUGCUUGGUGAAAUAAUAGAAAGCGUAGUUAAUUUAAGAGUAGUUUUGUUAUUAACAUAAUUAAUAACCUUAACUUCACUGAACAACCCGUCCUUUGUAAUGUAAUAAGUUUUGUUUUAUGAAGACGAAGGGAUUACUAUUUAACUGGAGUACUUAAAUUAGUUAAGCGCUAUGGACGGGUUCGAAAUAAGAACAUCUAAUAGUAAAAAGGGUAAAGGAUUGUUUGCGACGAAGAAGUAUGACGUAGGUGAUGUUAUUCUGGAGGAAGAUCCUCUUGUUUCGUGUCAAUUUGCUUGGAAUGCGGCCUACAGAUAUUUAGCAUGUGACUACUGUAUGAGGUAAACCAGAUGUUUUGUUGUUUUAAAAUUAGAGGUUAGAAAAAGAAGCUCAAGAGUCGCUCUGAUAAAUUAUUGUAAACAAAGUUAUUUGUCUUAUUAUUUUAUAUAAUAGUAAAUUACUUAAAUGCUUUAAAAUAUUUUAAUAGGCCAUUGGAAACACCAGAACAGAAUGUAAGACGUCUAUCAUGCAAACCGGAUAUAGUAUUACCACAUGCCAGUUGUUUUGACAUAAACUUGGAGAAUGUCACUACUUGUGACCAAUGUGGAAUUUUAUACUGUAGUGAAGAUUGUAAGCAGCGGGCAUAUGAGGCCUUCCACAGAACUUUAUGUUAUGAUACAAGUGAUGCACAACAUCCUGUAAUGGUGCUUUUGGAGACAUGGAAGUUAGUAUUAUUUUAUAAUAUUGGCAAUGCAAGGGCAAACUAAAUAUAAAAACUACUGAGAUUUAUUUUCUAUUUCUAUUUAUUAACAUGCAGAAAUAAGUGGUAUGUUAAUAAUUUUAAAUGGUAAAGAGUUGACUCGACCACACAGAACCUCAAACAAACCUCACAGAAUUCCAGCAUAAAAUAGCAGCUUAAUGCUGCUGUGUUUUGUAUGGUGAGUAUAGAGAACCAGAUACCCUUUUUACUGGAAAUGAGGCAUUCCAUCUUAGUCCUCAGGGGGGACAAUGCAUCUGCAUUUUGAUUCUCAAUCAAGAAUAGAUGUAGAUUUCUAUGGGCCACAAUAAACACUUCAACAGAUGGACUGUGUGCUCGCUUGUCACACUGAUUCUAUAAAAAAGUAUUAAAAGUGAAUUUUUGGGAAUUUAAUUGUGAAAAUAUUAUUACUACCAUUGUGUAUAAGUAGAUCCACCAUUGUGUUCUAGUGACAGCAUGUUUCACACCUACUUGUAGGAGCUCAAAGAUAAAUAUUCAUCCGUAGCUAAAGAACAAUAGUAGACUUUCAUACAUAAAAUUAGUUGAGAAGAAAUGGUAGCAUCUAUAUAUCAAAAAUAUCUUAAAAUUAACUCUGUCAAAGAGUUUUGUCAUGAGAAGGCAUAAAAAAAAGAUAUUUAGGUUCGAACCUUUUUAGGUUGUCUUAUGUCACUUGGAAAAGUCAUACGUCCUGUGGUUGUUUCAUGUUAGCUUAAUACAUGCUCAACAUCAUUAUGUGUAUAUAUAUAUAUAUAUAUUUUAUUUAAAUGCUCUAUUACCUAACACUAUGAAAAUUUAUUUACCCUUCAGGCAAAUGCACUAUCCACCAGAAACAACAAGUGUAAUGCUUUUAGUAAGGAUAUUGGCCUUCAUAGAGCAGAGCAGCAAUCCCUCGGCUGCAGCUGCCACAGUCAAACAGUUUUGCCACAGAACAGUAAACGAGGAUGCUGAACUGGUUCAUAAAUUGCUAGGUGAACAGUUUACGGAGCAGUUAAAUACUUUGAGGGAAUUGACAGCUAAUGUAAUUAAUGGUGACCAUGUAGAACAGGUAAGAAAAUUGUUUAUUCAAUUUAAAUAUAUAUUAUUUUUUAUUGUUUUCUCUCUUAUAAUUUUUAAGAGAGAAAACAAUUUAUUUUGUGAUUAUAUUAAAGAUAAACUGCAUCCAAGCAACCAAGAUUGCAUGCCUCAUAAGCGUUAUUAGGUAGUGCUUUAGUCAAGCAAUUUUAUAUUCUUAAAAUGCCUCUUUCAUAACCAUAUUGCACUUAUAUGAUGAUAUAAGUAGCCAUAUUUCAAGAAAACACUAAUUAAUCCGUCUUAAAUUUUCUAGUAAAUAAUUUAAUAUUGCUACUUUG